AAUGAACUUACUAUUAGGGGGUGGAAUCACUCAAACCCAGAACAAACAAGAGGGGCAUUUCAUGUUCUGUGGAAUGUCGUCGUGUGGUUUCGCUAUCAAUACAUACAGACGACAGAAUCAUAAUCCUUUUUUAUCAGACCACGACGAUAGGACUGAUAUAGAACACCUACAAAGGAUGUUUAUCGGUCUAAUCUCGUCCAAGCUUGGAUUCUGCACCAUCGGCGAGGACAAACUUCUAAGGGGCUCCCGGUUGGCCUACAACUAGCUCAAAGAACUGGCAGUAGCUGGAAAUGUAUUCUUAAGAAUAGUUUUUACUAUGUCACCCUCAUAGUCUAUUUACUAAAAUGAAAAGUGAUGCUUAUCUUAUAAAGUUGGACAAUUUUUUUUUUUUUAGAGUUCACUAAUUCAAUUUCCAAUACCAAUAAAUCCGGAAAAAAUCCCAAGUUACACAUGUUUUUUAAAAAAAUUCUCAAAAUACACACGUUAUGAAAAUAAUUCCCAAUCUACGCAUGUUUGGGCCAUCACCGCUGUCGACGAAGACAGUGAUUGCAUCACUGCAGUACACAGCCGCGGUGAAGGCCUGACCUGCGUCGAAACUUUAAACAAACGUAACUUUGUGCUCGGUUAUCCGAUCGUAGCGAAAUUUUGUUUGAUUCCGCAUAAUUUUUCGAGAUCUUGCAAGCCGCAAAUUCCCGUAGGCGGUUUGGUCCCGCCUUCGUCUCGAAAAUAUGUCGUUUGCUACCCCGAACGAGCCUUUUUUCGAUUUCGUCAAACUUUGAACGACCAUAACUUUGUGCUCCACAAUCCGAAAAUCAUGAAACUUUUUUUGAUUUCGCAUAACUUUUUAAGGACUACAAUUUUUAUCAUAGACAUAUUUUCGGAAUGUACUUGGAUUCCUGAAAAGGAAGGUAAAGUUAUUCCCAAAACCCCUUAUAUCAUAAAUAAUUCAUUUUUUGAAAAUUCUCUCCUACUAAAAAUUGUAGUCCUUAAAAACUUAUGCGAAAUAAAAAAAAAAUUCAUGAUUUUCGGAUUAUGGAGCACAAAGUUAUGGUCGUUCAAAGUUUGACGAAAUCGAAAAAAAGCUCGUUCGGGGUAGCAAACGACAUAUUUUCGAGACGAAGGCGGGACCAAACCACCUAUGGCAAUUUGCGGUUUGCAAGAUCUUGAAAAACCCCUUAUCAUAAAUAAUUCAUUUUUGAAAAUUCUCUCUUACUAAGAAGAAGUGUGUAUAAUUUAGUUUUCCCAAAGGAAAAUUAUCUUGGCAAUUUUUGUUUGAAGUUAAAACAAAGAAUAUAAAAGGGAAUAAUAUUCUCUUACAACCCCCCGCGUGUUGCAUCUGAACCGUAAAUUCAGACAUGUGGGCAAGCCAACUAGACAAGGCACCUACAUUCGCUGCACCUCGAGAUAAGCACUGGAUUCCCAUGUGUCAUCAUCUCAUUGGUCAUCUGACCGUCAAAAGUGACGUAUUCAUUAUUAUUUUAUUGCAAAACAAACACUCAUUUUAAGCGAACCAAUCAGGUCCGUCCUACCAUUUCCCAAUUCCACCUUGUCAAGUUUUAGUCUCCUUCCUCUCAUCCCUCCAUUUCUCUCCGCGUCUUCUCUGCAUAUCGCUAGCUUCAAGUCUUCAGCCUCCAUUUCUUCCGACGAUCUCAGCUAUGGGCGGCGGCAAUCGGUGGUUGAGGCCUGAGGUGUAUCCUCUGUUCGCCGCGACGGGAGUUGCUGUGGGGAUCUGCGCCUUUCAGCUCAUCCGCAACAUCUCCGGCAAUCCUGAAGUCAGGGUGAAGAAGGAUAACAGGGCAGCGGGGAUACUGGAGAACUUUGCGGAGGGGGAGAAGUACUCGCAGCAUGCUCUUCGGAGGUUCGUGCGAGACAGGGCGCCGGAGAUCAUGCCCAAACUCAACAGCUUCUUCUCCGACCCCAAAUGAAAACCCUAAUUGCUGUUCUAAUACAAAAAGAAAUGGAAUUUGGUGGAGGACAAUUACUGUGAUAGAACACACAAAGAUUGGUGUUGCAGUUUACUGGACCGCAUAUUUUGAUCUCUGAAAAUAAGAACUUGUUUCUGGAAUGUGUGGAAUGUACCAUUGAUUGGAUGCAUGUUUGAUUUGUCUAUUAAUCUUGUGAUUAUGAUGUGGUGUUCUAUGUCCCGGAUUUCAGUGCUCGUGUUUCGUUCUUACAGUGUGCGGGCUCUUGCUUGUUCUGAGUAUUAUACUGUUCGUAUCAUCGCUACCUGAAAAAUGUAUUGCAAGUUUUUGAUUCCUUUGGAAGGUAUAUACCGGUGUGAAAUUCGACUGGUGUCUGUAAAUUGACCUCACUUACCUGUAGGCUGCUUGAAAUCAGAACAGCUGAAACAGUUUUGCAGGUUGUUAUUUGUGAGC